AUGGCAACUCACAUCAAUAAAAACGUAGGAUCAGACAUUGAUUCCUCGUUUUCUUCCUCCUUCUGUACGGAGCUGGAUGAACAGAUGCUGGUAGCCAUGGAGACACUGGAGAGGCCUCAAAGGUCACAGAAAGCCAAUAAGAUCAGAGCUGGCCUGACUUCAACACCAGGAUGUGUGACCCCGUUACCAAGACGACAGUCCCAGCUGAUGAAGUCCCUGUUCACCCUCCAGAGUCCCCUAAAUGACAGCUUCCUCUCCCCCUUCCCGUCCCAGAACAAAUCCUCCAGUACAAAGAAAGGGGAGGAAAACCUGACCCCCGCCACAGCAGAUAGCUCUGUUAGACUCAGUAGAGGGGGAAAGUCCAACAGAAAGAAACCAAGGAAUGUGUUAAAUGAAAUUGUCAUCGACAAAGUAAAGGAAGGUGAAGGGGGUUUAGAGGAAGAAAAUAAUGUGAUCGACCUUGAUCUGAAAGGUCAAAGGUCAAGGGCAGAUGAAAAUAUCGGUGAUGUGAGUUCUGAAACACAGGAAAGGGUGGCUGAAAAUCAGGAGAUGAUAGAAUUUGGUGUCAUAUUUACAGUGGACACCCAACAUGGCAUCCAAAAUGGCUGCCAAGCGGCAGAAAACCAGAGACAUAUAAGAGACUCUUAUAUGUCUCUGAGAAAACGAACUUCAGAAAAUUGUUGUUACAAUAAUGAUUACUCUUUAAAACUAAGGUAA